AUGCCUAAAAGUAACUUUUUAAUGAUUUUUUCAAAUAGCUUGGCUUUUGACUCUGGUGCUAUAAUGGAUCAACUGGCUGACUGGGAUUUGGGCGAGGACUUCGACGAUGAUAAUGAUUGGCAUCCACCUGGUGAGCUACCUAGUUCUAGCUCGGAUGACGAAGACGAGCAAGAAGCAAGAGAUUCAACAGUAGCAAGUCCAUAA